ACUAUAAAUGGAGAGAAGCGGCUUGGUGGCGCUACUAAACAGAAAAGGGGGAUGCUAGGUCUUUUAAACGCUUGUGAAUAUGGCUUUUGUGGCGCAGCCUUGUUUGAUCUGAUGAAAUCUGGGUAAAUAAGCACAUAGUCAUGCGUCACUCCUUUUGAAACGUGUUUCAUGGUUCUCAUGGCAGCCCUCCGCUUUUGGUGUUUAAACACUGAAGCGUGGGGAGCUGCGUCAACCGAGCUCCUCCACAGAGUGGCUCUUCUGUAUCCCCCCCUACACUUGAAUGUGGAUGGAACAAUCCUCAUUGCAGGGUGUGGAUCCAGUGCCGGCCAGAGAGGCUCGACAACAAGGAGUAAUAACGGGCAAGCAGAGAGUAUGACUUAAGACUGGCUGGAAACGAAGACUUUUCGGAGGAAAACAAAAUAUCGUGGAGAAGCUUUUGUAACGAAAGGAGCGCUACGGUUGAGCGUCGAUAUCCAAACGAGGGAGUUACGACGGCAUAUGAAUCUGUGAAAGUGCACACGGAAGCCCAACUAAACUGCACGGAAUUGCGAUCGCGGUGACAGCUCAGGAUGGAAGUAACGUCAAAUGGUUUGCCAGCUGAUGUUUUUGACGAAAACACUUGCUGACGCUUUUCUAUUUUUAUGCUCGACGGAAAGUUGAAAAUUGUCAGUCGCGAACUAAACGGUCUCUGUUGUUCUCUGAGGCGACUUGACAGCGCGCGGUUGGACAGGACACUCACCAUUAUAAUCCUAACUUUUGACUGAUUCGUCACAGCUUGACCGGAGAACGGGGCGCUUGGAUUGUUUGGACUUAUUUCUGGAUAUCUUUUUCGUUUUAUUUUUAAAUGCCAAGCACACUGACGCAACCAAAACGUCUCUUUAUAGACUGAGGAGGUUGUGCGAUUGGAAGCGCAGUCUCCGUGUUACCUGUCUCUUCGUUUGGGACUAAAUUCAUUGUAUUGUGAAAAAGUAUUAUAGUGAACGCGGCAAGUUUUUAUAUUCCCUCCUCCAGUAGUUGUGCAUUUUUUGUGCCUGUAACUUGCACUUCAGCACUUUGACUCGUCGUAGUUGUUUGUGCAUGCACGUGUUUGUUUUGAUCCUGCAGCCCACGAAAACAUUUAUCGCAAGCUAUAGAUUGUUGUCACCCGUGUCUUGAGCUCCUGGCUCCCUCCUCCCCUCUCUUUUUUUUUUGACUUGCCAGCGAAUAAGGUCGCCUGUACACCUGCAGACUUUGCCAGUUGCGUUCAAGGGGGAAGGGUAGCUCGUUUUUUUCCCAUAAGGAAGUCACUGAUACCUUUCCUACCUGGAGCAGCAGUUUUUUCGCUUAUCAGGAUUCAGAUUAUAAAGUGGCAACACAGCCAUUGUUGCCGAGCGCACCUGCCUUCUUUGACUAAUUUAAGCUACUGUAGGAUACCUAGACAGAAUAUAAGAAACGCCUGCUAUUUUUAGCGAGAGUGAUGGGGUAAAUGGUGUUGAAAAUUGAGACCCCCACCCCCACCCUUAAGGCUACCAACACUUCCAGGUUUAGCUCUGGUUUCCUUGUCAGCUGCUGAAUUAUCUGGAUUGGAAAACUGAAGUGGGGGGUCCUGUCUCAACAAGGAUCUCAGUCUUAUCCCACUAUUGUGAACAGUUUUUUUGAAAGUUACUGCUAUUUUAUUCAAUGGAAUCCACUCGGUGUUGUGGGACAAUGAAUCUAGAUACAGUACAAGUAAAACAAACUUUAGUAACCAAAUAAGCUCAUCCCCGUAUAAACAGAGAAAUAUAUCUAUAUGUGUGUGUGUUGCAGAGUAUAUAUAUAUAUAGCUCUAUAAAGUAUAUAAGACAUACCUAGUUUGAAUAUGUAUAUUUUUAUGCCAAAAGUGAGCAUUGUUGCCUGAAACCCAAUCCAUUGCCUUAGAAUAUUAUAGUAAUAAAGGGAAUAGCAAGGACAGAAACGAAACGGUGUUUGAAAUAACUUAAUGGUGCCUUUUUCGUUCAUCGGUUUCUUCUGUCUGUCACUUCAGGAUUUCGCAAGUAAUUGAAAGCUAUUUUUGUGUGUAAAUUUAAAUCCUAAUCUUUAUAACUUGCCUUGACGGUUCAAACUUGAGUUUAGUUACCAUUGGAUGUACCCUACUGGAUUAUUUAGGCAUGUGCGAAGGAUUAUUCUAUACUUGAUGUCAGCGACUUUUUCAGUACUUUUUGGGAUCCCCAACAAACUCGAUUAGAGUCAUUCUUUGGAUAUCACGGGCCAACGCAUAAGCAUUUCAGAUGGUGAUCACUUCGUCUGUGGAGGAGAAGCCGCAGCCUUCUAACAGAAUGGUCGCAAACUUGCCGACCGAAUCCUGGAUUGGCAGCCCAGAUCAGAAUCGCUUCUUACCCCAGUCACACCUGCUACGGAAGCCUGCAAGAAGUGGAAACAGCUCAGGAUGCAAGCCCCCCUCCUCUACCCUCUGCCAGCCUGCCGCCUUGGGCUUCUCCCCCGCUGAGCCAACCAUGUCGAGCCAGCACAGCCACCCCUCCUUCGGUAACAUCCACUCCAUGGCCGACCAGCAGCAGGUGCUGUCAGAUAUGACCAUCCUGCAGAGGAGGAUUCCCCCGAGUUUUCGAGAUCCCGCCAGCGCCCCGCUACGAAAACUCUCAGUCGAUCUCAUCAAGACAUACAAGCACAUCAAUGAGGUGUAUUACACGAAGAAGAAACGGCGAGCCCAGCAGGUUCCCCCCGAGGACUCUAGCACCAAAAAAGAGCGCAAGGUGUACAACGACGGCUAUGACGACGACAACUAUGACUACAUUGUGAAGAACGGGGAGAAGUGGCUGGACCGCUACGAGAUCGACUCACUUAUUGGCAAGGGCUCCUUCGGACAGGUGGUGAAAGCCUAUGACCACCACGAGCAGGAAUGGGUGGCCAUCAAGAUCAUCAAGAACAAGAAAGCCUUCCUGAACCAGGCCCAGAUUGAGCUGCGGCUUCUUGAGCUCAUGAACAAACACGACACUGAGAUGAAGUACUACAUAGUCCACUUAAAGAGGCACUUCAUGUUCCGUAACCACCUGUGCCUGGUGUUCGAGCUUCUCUCCUACAACCUGUACGACCUCCUGCGUAACACCAACUUCCGCGGCGUCUCGCUUAACCUGACGCGCAAGUUCGCUCAGCAGCUGUGCACGGCGCUGCUCUUCCUGGCCACGCCCGAGCUCAGCAUCAUCCACUGCGACCUCAAGCCUGAGAACAUCCUUCUUUGCAAUCCCAAGCGCAGUGCCAUCAAGAUUGUGGACUUUGGCAGUUCCUGCCAGCUAGGACAGAGGAUUUACCAGUACAUCCAGAGUCGGUUUUACCGCUCUCCUGAGGUGUUGCUGGGCAUGCCGUAUGACCUGGCUAUAGACAUGUGGUCCCUAGGCUGUAUCCUGGUGGAGAUGCACACGGGCGAACCGCUCUUCAGCGGUUCCAAUGAGGUGGACCAGAUGAAUAAAAUAGUGGAGGUGCUGGGGGUCCCGCCCAACCAUAUGCUGGAUCAGGCCCCUAAAGCACGCAAGUACUUCGACAAGCUGUCCGACGGCCUGUGGACCGUCAAGAAGAACAAGGACAUUAAGAAGGUACUUUAUCCUUCGGCCUCUGAAUAUAAACCACCUGCCACGCGACGACUGCACGAGAUCCUGGGGGUGGAGACGGGAGGUCCAGGGGGGAGGCGAGCUGGGGAACAGGGUCACGCGCCCUGCGACUACCUGAAGUUCAAGGACCUGAUCCUGCGCAUGCUGGACUACGAUCCCAAGACGCGCAUCACGCCCUUUUACGCGCUGCAGCACAACUUCUUCAAGAAGACGACGGAUGAGGGCACCAACACCAGCAGCUCCACCUCCACCAGCCCUGCCAUGGACCACAGCCACUCCACCUCCACCACUAGCUCCGUCUCCAGCUCUGGUGGAUCUAGCGGUUCUUCCAAUGACAACCGAAAUUACCGGUACAGCAACCGGUACUACAACAGCGCAGUCACUCACACGGACUACGAGAUGCAGAGCCCACAAGCUCCGUCUCAACAGCAGUUGCGCAUCUGGCCAGGAGGGGACAGCAGCAUGGGUCAGCUGUCCAACAGCGGCAGCGACUCCUCCUACCCGCAGCUGCUGUUGCACAAGCCGGCGGCCACGCAGCACUCGCGCCACUUCCUGGGCAACAUGGGGGGCAUGAUGGAGCCGCACCAUCCCCACCCGAUCUACGGCAGCCACCACAGCAACGGCAGACAGCUCCGGCAACAGCAGCAGCAGCAGAACCAGCCGCAGGGCCAGGCCUCGCAGGGCCAGCAGGGCCAGGCGCUGAUGCCCGUCUCCUCCCCGCAGAUGCAGGACAGCAUCGAGCUCAGCCUCACCCACCACCACCACCUGGGUCAGUCUUCCAUCAUGCAGCCGCCCCCGUCGAGCUUGGACUCCAGUCAGUACGGCUCCUCCAACCUCCACCUGGGCCUCUCUGCCUUUCGGACUAGGACAGUCAUGGCCCCCCAGCAGCCCCCUUCCGCUUCCCAGCAACAGUUGCCCCAGGCCCCAGCCUCCCAGGACAGCAUGGUCGCUGCCUCCGGUUUGGGAUACAUCCCUCCGUGCUACGCCGGCAGCAACAACAAUAACAACCCGCCGCAGGGAAGCGUCGGAGUGGGGGGGAUGCUCACCGGGGGGCCUCCGCCCAGAGGAGUCGGGGGAGCUGGGGGGCGGCCGGACUCCGAGGAGUCCGCCAUGAUGGCAGUGUGCGGCAGCGGGAGUGGGAGCGGUCAGAGUGCAGCCAACUCUUGAUAAAUCUUGAACAAAUUCCAAAAGCCAUACGAAAAUUUUAACGACAACAUAACAGUGACAAAAGCGCCACAUACACACACGUACACACGACACGUAGUAAACGUACGACACACAUACACGCGCGUGCGCGCGGCCACACGUAACAGAGUCGCAGAGAAAAACUUGUGAAAUAUCAGACAGUCGGUUUUUUCGUUUCGUUGUUUUGGUUUUGCAUGGGGAGAAGGUCAAGGGAGGGAUUUGAGACUAUUUUUAUCCUUAUUUUUCUGUUCGUUUGUUUUUCUUUCAUCGAAGGAGAAGAGCGGCGGGCGAAGUAGUCGCGACAGAAGGUUUUCAGAACGUUUGUUUUUACCAUUCUUAUAUUGUUAUUUGAUUUUAUGUGAUUUCAGGACAGGUUUGCAGCGAGAGAUUUUUAUCGGGGGCGAGGAGAGUUUUGGGUUGAAAAAAAUGAAUGUUUUUGUCAACGCGACAGCAGCGGGAGAGAGUACCUUAUGGUUUUUUUAUUUUUCGGUUUGUUUUUUUUCUCUGAGGUUUUGCCGUAAUUGUAUAUUUUUAAUUUAUUAAGAAUCACUACAUGAGGAGAGAGACGGGAGAGGGGUUAGAAAGAGAUCUAAAUUGUGAGGUGGGUAUUUUGUGGGUUUAUUUAUUCAAUGUUUUAUUUAUACAGUUGGGGUUUUUUUUUUUUGUUGGUCAGACAUGAUACUUAUGCAUAGAAAACAACAAGCAAACAAACUGGGUUUGAGGUUUUUUUGUUUUCUUUCUUGGCUUCAUUUUGUUGUUUUUGGUUGCUUUUUUCUAGUUGAGCAUAACCCACACACAUGUAAACACACACACGCGCAAGACACACACAAACACAUUUUUGUUACUUUUUUUUAAUGUUUCCAGUCUUUAUCUCGCUUGACACACUGGCUUAUAUAUCUCAAACUAUGAAACAAAUCCUACGAAUGAAAUAAAGCAAAUGACAGAAACUGUUUUUAGUCGCCACACAGUGAGAAACACCAACUAACAACUAGAGGAGGAGGCUGAACCAUGAGCCGCUUUCACGAGGAGAGGGGGAACGUAACUCGACUUCACAUAAAGGAGGAAGUGAUACAGGAAAGUCUUGAAAAACAUCAAAACAUUUUGCCAGAAGGAAAACCAAAAUGCUUCCCUGUUGUUCGUUUCAAAAAAAUAGUCUGCCUUCUUCUUCUUCUUCUUCUUCACCAUCUCACUAGAGUCUCUUUCUCUCACCCCUCUCUCUCUCUCUUCUUACUUUGGUUUCUGUCUCUUUUUUCUAACCCUCUUUGUUUUGGACAGAAAACUAUGAAAGCGUUAACACAUUUGUAUUAACUCUGGAUAUGCUAAGCCAAAUCUUGCUGUAGCUAGCUCUCUCUCUCUCUCUCUCUCUCUAGUCUCUCUGUCUCUCUCUUUAUUUUCCCAUGUUUCUGUUGGAAGGAAGAGUCCGGGGCGAGAUUUAGCAGGAGGGCAGAAUACUUCGGUUCGAAGGGACACUGUCACGCCCUCCUGACUGCGGCCCCUCCCACUCUGCCUUCGUUUCCUGCCUCUCAUUUUGCUUUCUCUCCCGUCUUUAUUCUCCCCCUCCUCCCCUUCCUCCUUCACAACACUCUGUGAGUGCUGUUUGCCAUCAAGUCAAAAAAGUGAACUACUUCUCUCUCGGCUGCUAUCUCCACUCUCAACCAUGUUCGGAUUGCUGCUAAAGAAAACAGACAGAUAAAUAAAUAAAUGAAUAAAUAAAUAAAUAAAUAAAAAUGAGAACUUUUUAACCCUCCUGCUUCAGAAAAAUGAAAAAUAAACCACUGCAUCUCAUGUAUUUAUUACUAUUUAACAAGGAAAAAAGAAAAAAAGAAAAAAUCUGUUUUCUGCUGUUUUUUUGUUUGCUUUCUUUCUUGGUACAGGUUAAAGCUUGACAUUUAUAUUAUGUAACGGAAACAUGGUAUUAAACAAGUGCCUCGAUUUAUUGGUCAGCCACUGGACGGAAUUGAACAGAAGAGGAUUAUAGGAGUCCGAUCAAGGUUUAUUAUAUGUAUAGCUAAAAAUUCAAGCCUCAUGCAACUGUGUAGAAACCCACGACAACUCAAACGUCAUGUGAGAACUUCAUAUUGGACGCGAGCUUCAUUCAGUAUGACUGACCAAUACCAUAUAUUUAAUUAACUGAUGACAUCUUCAUCCAUUGUAAUCUGUGUACAUAGCAUCCAUGCAUCAUCCAGUUAAACGUUAAAGCAAUGUUAGGGUGAAAUGUCAUUUUCAAGGUUAAUUCUAAUGACUGGGAUUCGAACCUGCGACCUUUCGGGCGGCAGGACCUGCAAACUACCUUACUCUGCUCAGAUCAGUGAUGAUGACUGCUGUCCUUUAUGUUCUUAAUAACCAGUUAAAACUUGUAAUUGGCCUCACUGGCUUCUUUACUUUGUCAUUCUUUUCAACACCAUCCUUCAUGAGAACAUAAUGUCUGAAGUAUUAUGAUAUCAUCCGUUUUGGUUUCUCUAUUAAAGAGAGAGUUGCCUCUGUA